UUUACAAAAAUGGAGGAUUCUAAAAUUUCUCUUGAGACUCAUUACACCUUGAACAAUGGAUAUAAGAUACCAAAGGUUGGCCUUGGCACUUUUGACAUGAAAUCUGUUGAUGAAGUCUACACUGCAAUUGUAGAAUGAGGAUACAGACAUAUUGACACAGCCAACUAUUAUUUUAACGAAGAUAUCAUUGGUGAGGCCCUACAGAAAGUGUACAAGGAGACUGACCUCAAGAGAGAAGAUCUCUUCAUCACCUCUAAGAUCUGGGGUCACCAGAAAAAGGACGUCAAAGGUGCUCUUAAUGCCUCUCUGGAAAAACUUCAGACUGACUACUUGGACCUCUAUCUGAUUCACUGGCCUGUAGCUUAUGAAGAAGAUGAGAAUGGGAAAUAAAGUGCCUCUUAAAAUCCCUAAUCAUGUUGUAUGGGCUGAAAUGGAAAAACUUGUUAAUGAAGGCCUUAUUAAGAGCAUUGGGGUUUCCAAUUUCAAUGUUCAAACUUUGCUAGACAUGCUAGCAUAUUGUGAGAUCAAGCCUGUUUGCAACCAGAUAGAACUUCAUCCAUAUCUCGUCCAGGAUGAACUUGUCAAAUUUAUGAAAGAUAAUGAUAUCAUCCCAGUAGCAUAUUGUCCUUUGAUCAGAGCUGGUCUUGAAGAAAGAAACGGGCCUAAAGAUGUCUUCGAACUAGAAGUGAUCCAAGACUUAGCCAAAAAGUACGACAAGACUCCUGGUCAGAUCCUCCUCAAUUGGGGAUUACAGAGAGGUCAUGUGGUCAUUCCUAAAUCCUCUAAAAAGUCUAGGCUAAUUGAAAACCUGGCUUGUAGCUCUUUCACGCUUGAUUUUGAAGAUGUGGCUAAACUAUCAGAACUUGACUGCAACUGGAGGUGCUGCUCCAGCAAAAGAUAUGACUUUUGAUUCAAUUAUGACAUUUUCUGCUAAAUCAAUA